CGUGCACACGUGCACAUGCUUCCAAACGUAGUCGCAUACGGUACCGUACCCAUCGGAUACUAGUAUGUCAAGCUGUCAUCCUUCCUUCUUCUGCUGUUUUGCUGGGGCAAUACUGCGGUGAGGAUCCUCAAAGUUGAGGUACAUCUUGCCUUUACAUUCAUUCAUGUGAUUGUCCACCGUCCCAUAUCAGUCGGUGGGAAACAUGUGUUGGAGUACUGAAGUAUCCUUGGCUUUUACCAUUUUGGAUGUUUUAAUGGGCAUGUUCAUGUGUUGGCGUCGUCGCGGGGAGGACGUGACGUACGGUUUCGGCUUGCUGGUUCUUGCAGCGCAAGAGCUUUUUCAAUUUCUGUUGUGGUGGGAUGGCACUCUUGCAUUGGCGACAACAGAGAAUCCAGAUGCCUGCUCCGUGCGGGCUACUGUAUUUUCGUUUGGCGCAACCUAUUCCGCAUUUUCCAUAGUGUGGGUGGGAUUGAUCCGAGGGUACAUACAGGGAGGGAACCCAUUGCUUUCCCGUCGAGUCAACAUUUUUUUCAGAGCUGCAUCCUUUUUGGGGUGGAUGUCUUUGAUGAUAGGAAUCACUUGGGCUGUGGUACACACAGGUACUUGGUGUGCUCGAGUUGGCCCCAACCACCACCAACAAUGGAUUUGUGCCCUGAGCCUCAAUAAGAUUGACGGUGGCGGUUUGGAAAACUUUCCUUGGCUUUUGUAUAUCGCUGUUUCGGUGUAUGGUUUCAGCUGUUUGAUGGGGGGCGCUACUGUUCCCAUGCCGUGGCAGGAAUUUGUUGGUUUUAUAGUGAUUCAGGCUAUUACGUCGCUUUCCAUCUAUAUCAGAUUCUGGAAUACGUCCGAGGCUUGCAGCAUUUGGUGUUGGUCGGCUUUUACCAUUGGAAUUGUUGCCGUCUUUCGCCCCGAUCUGGACAAAUACAAGAAUGAGGCUCAUCAGCAAGUGUGUAACAAAGACAAAGAUGACUUCAAUGUCGAGCCACCAGAAAAGAUGGAAUUGGUCGAACCUCUGACUUCUGCAGAAGCGGGCAAGUCCGUCGAAGAGACAGCCUGAUGAACCUGGGAGAACAGUGCUUCACGCAAGUAAUGCGGUUCGCUUCAAACCAGAACUUUGUUUGUCCAGCACAAUCCAUCUCCAGGUCCCCGAUCAUUCUGGACCAACACCAGGACAGUUCUGGUCCCGCUCCCGGACCAACACUAGGGCCAACCGUACUCCUGUUCAUUCUCUACUACUAGGCUCCACUUCAGAACGAAAACACUACUCUAGCUCCUUGCCAUCUCCAUGCCCCGCACCUGGGCUUACCCGAGCAUAUACGGUACCCAAUCCAGGUCCCACACACCCACACCUCACCACGCAUGGUUCAGCGUCCUGGGCUUGAUUCCAGGAACGCCCGGGUUUGUGUGAGUAUACCGUACCG